GCAUUCCAAUCAGGAAGUAUAAGAUCAUCCGGACUGCCACAUCCCAGCUGGUAACCAACCGGUCCCCUGAGCAGGUUAUACUGACGUUUAGACAAUCUGUUUGCUAUUCAGCUGUUAGAACUGUUAGAUGUAAGUUGGAAGAGAGAAUUGUGAAGUUGUUUCCACCACAGGUUGUGUUUCUGUCAUUUUGUUUCCAUUCCAACCCUGAACGGACAUCCCAGUAUGGAGGAGGAUGAGCAGUGGGCUACCAAUGUGACAGCAGAACAGGACCUCCACAAGUCUGAGGACACUUCAACGGGUGACUAUCCAGGAAGACAAAUGAAAGGGAACUCUAUUGAGAUGGCUAGUGGGACACUAACCUGCGAGGCUUUAUACUUUCUGUGCCUCACACCUUUUCCUAACCAAGGCUCUAAUGAAGAUGGAUGGGAGCGUCAGGGCUGAAUCCGAUUCAUGACAUAAUAGACAAAUGUUUUACAGAAAGUUGCCUGAGAGCUCAAUAAUGCCAUCAUAUUUAGCCACAGAUGAGUAUUUAACGGUCCAAUACAGCCUUUUUAAAAUCUCAAUAUCACAUCAUUUCUGGGUAACAGUUUGUUUUCAUUUAAAAUGGUUAAAAAUAAACAAAAAUAGCUUCGAAGCAAAUUUCUCAAGCAAGAAUUAUGUUAGAACUGAGUAAGGAGGGGAAAACUGGAAACGAUCUGUUAUUGGCAGAGAGGUUUGGAACUCUCUUUCUAAUUGGUCUAUUAACUAAUAUACAGCUUGGUGCUGUUACCAUGGAAGGUCCAAACUCCAUCCCACCAAAACAGUCUGAAAUUUCAGGAGAUCUUUUCGAACAGCUCUUACACUAAAAGGGCAUUGUCAUCAUUUUCACAAUUUCACAGUAUUUUUUCAACCUCAUAGUGUGGAAAUUAUAUAAAACACAGGAAAAUAUCUGGGCCUUUAAAACAAUGACGUAUCCUACUGUACAUUUUAACAUAGACAUAAACAUGUGUACAAACACCCACACAUACAGUACAUGCACUUGCAUUAGCUGGUGUGAACUGUGUGUGAGGCUGAGUGACCUGAGCUAGCCUUUGCUGUGACUGUGUGACUAUGUGUGACCCAUUGACGGUAUAAGAAUGGACAAAGCUAUCAAUGACAUCACACCAUUUAAAGCUCAGGAAGUCGGUUUUAGCUUGCUAAGAUGGUGUUUCUUGGAAGUGGGGAGAAUGGCGACCACUUCAGGAAGUGGGGAGAAUGGCGACCACUUCAGGAAGUGGGGAGAAUGGCGACCACUUCAGGAAGUGGGGAGAAUGGCGACCACUUCAGGAAGUGGGGAGAAUGGCGACCACUUCAGGAAGUGGGGAGAAUGGCGACCACUUCAGGAAGUGGGGAGAAUGGCGACCACUUCAGGAAGUGGGGAGAAUGGCGACCACUUCAGGAAGUGGGGAGGACGACUGCCCACUCUCAUUGAGUAUUUCAAGUUUAAGUCCGACCGGGGACUGCAGGCUGCCGGUAGCAACAAAUGUAUCCUUUUAACUUGUUCUUUGUGAGAUUUGUUUAUAAUUCGUUCAAUGACAUACUGUACAUCUGGUGUAAUAGAAGCUAUUAUUGAUACUGUUACUGUCUUCUGAUUUUAAUUUCAUUCACACAAAUGUUGACCACGAAGAUUGCCAUUUUCCCAUUCAGUACAUAGGGGGAUACUGCUUUCGGAAAACAACUGCCUGCAGUUCUCUGGUCGGCCAUGAACUUCAUGGCUUCAAUGAGAGGGGGCAGUUCUCCCCCUGGCGUGACCUAUAGUUAUCUGAGUGUCGCAGAGCGCGAGCGCUGAAGCUGGGACGUAUGAAGUGGGACACACCUGAACAGGAAGAACCAGGCUGCGAACCCACCAAUCACAACGUUGAAAGCAUCCAGCCAGAGGAGAGAGAGAGGAAUUCAUUUUCAGAGGGGAAGAUAGUUGAUCAGGGAGGACCAGAGAGCAUCAAGGAGAUCUGCCGGAGGAGGAAGUUGAAGAAGUCAGGGUCCUCAUCCAAGGUGGCCAUGGACAUACCUGUGUUAGGACCUGUAGACACUUUUGACUUCAUGAAGGCAGCGACUCAGGGUAAACUCAAAGUGGUGGAGAAAUACCUGGAAGAUGGAGGAGACCCCAAUUUCAGUGAUGAGUUAAGGAGGACGGCACUGCACUUUGCUUCCAUCGAGGGACACUCUACCAUCAUCCAGAAGCUUCUAGAGAAAGGAGCUAACAUCAAUUCUAAAGACCGGCUGGAGUCCAGAGCUGUUCACUGGGCCUGUAGAGGAGGAAGCCUAGCUGUGAUCGGGGUCCUCCAGAAACAUGGAGCAGACCUCAACAUCAGGGACAAGCUGAUGGCCAGCCCUCUCCAUGUGGCCACCAGGACAGGCCAUUCUGAUGUAGUGGGACACCUGCUGAACAGUGGAGCCAAAAUCAAUGCCAGAGACAGGGAGGGGGACACUCCUCUGCAUGAUGCUGUGCGUCUGGGCAGAUAUAAGAUACUCAAGCUGCUCAUUGUUGGAGGGGCUGAUACAAGGCUCAAAAACCAUGAGGGAUUUACAGCAGUGGAGCAGGUGAAAGAGUGGCAGUUUGACACCAAGGAGACUCUGGAGAAACUGGACCAGCUGAGGGAGGUGGGUCUGGUACCCCCACUGUUACCUAACUUACCAGACCACCAAAUCACCCUUCAGCCCUAAACCUCCACAUCUCACUGUUACCUAACUUACCAGACCACCAAAUCAGCCCUACACCUACUAUACCACUGGUACAUACCUAACCAGACCACCAAAUCAGCCCUAAACCUCCUAUCCCACUGGUACAUACCUAACCAGACCACCAAAUCAGCCCUAAACCUCCUAUCCCACUGGUACAUACCUAACCAGACCACCAAAUCAGCCCUACACCUACUAUCCCACUGGUACAUACCUAACCAGACCACCAAAUCAGCCCUACACCUACUAUCCCACUGGUACAUACCUAACCAGACCACCAAAUCAACCCUACACCUACUAUCCCACUGGUGCCUAGCUAACCAGACCACCAAAUCAGCCCUAAACCUCCUAUCCCACUGGUACAUACCUAACCAGACCACCAAAUCAGCCCUACACCUCCUAUCCCACUGGUACCUAGCUAACCAGACCACCAAAUCAGCCCUACACCUACUAUCCGACUGGUACCUAGCUAACCAGACCACCAAAUCAGCCCUACACCUACUAUCCCACUGGUACAUACCUAACCAGACCACCAAAUCAGCCCUAAACCUACUAUCCCACUGGUACCUAGCUAACCAGACCACCAAAUCAGCCCUACACCUACUAUCCCACCGGUACAUACCUAACCAGACCACCAAAUCAGCCCUAAACCUCCCAUCCCACUGGUACCUAGCUAACCAGACCACCAAAUCAGCCCUACACCUACUAUACCACUGGUACCUAGCUAACCAGACCACCAAAUCAGCCCUACACCUACUAUCCCACUGGUACAUACCUAACCAGACCACCAAAUCAGCCCUACACCUCCUAUCCCACUGGUACCUAGCUAACCAGACCACCAAAUCAGCCCUACACCUACUAUCCCACUGGUACCUAGCUAACCAGACCACCAAAUCAGCCCUACACCUCCUAUCCCACUGGUACCUAGCUAACCAGACCACCAAAUCAGCCCUACACCUCCUAUCCCACUGGUACAUACCUAACCAGACCACCAAAUCAGCCCUACACCUCCUAUCCCACUGGUACCUAGCUAACCAGACCACCAAAUCAGCCCUACACCUACUAUCCCACUGGUACCUAGCUAACCAGACCACCAAAUCAGCCCUACACCUCCUAUCCCACUGGUACCUAGCUAACCAGACCACCAAAUCAGCCCUACACCUACUAUCCCACUGGUACCUAGCUAACCAGACCACCAAAUCAGCCCUACACCUCCAUAUACCACUGGUACCUAGCUAACCAGACCACCAAAUCAGCCCUAAACCUCCUAUCCCACUGGUACAUACCUAACCAGACCACCAAAUCAGCCCUACACCUACUAUCCCACUGGUACCUAGCUAACCAGACCACCAAAUCAGCCCUACACCUCCUAUCCCACUGGUACCUAGCUAACCAGACCA